AUGAGCUGAUCACUCCCCUAUCCCAUCCAACUCCAACCUGUGGGCUCCCAGGAUGCCCGGGUGCAGCCUGCUCUCCAGAAUCCUUCCUCUCACUCUUGGGCCUCUCUGUGUGGGCCUCCCUCCUGGGGCUUCAGCUGUCUUCUGGCUCUGCAGCAUAUCUUGGUCCUGGCUUCUCUGCUUUGUGCUUCCUACUUGUUCCUUCUUUGCAGUCUCCCUCCAGGAGGACUCUCAUACUCCCCUUCUCAGCUCCUAGCCUCCAGCUUCUUUUCAUGUGGGUCUACCAUCCUGCAAACUUGGAUGGGCAGCAGGUUGCCUCUUGUCUAGUCUCCAUCCUUAGAGUUCCUUAUCCCUGCUCUGGUGCUGACCAGCCAGAAUCUACCCCUGGCCAUCCAGACACCUGGAAACUCAUCUCUUGUACUGCACCUGUGUAGGGGGCCUGGCUGUCAUUGCCUGGAGCUCUGGAACACUUCUCUCUGAGAGGUGUCUGGGGCAGUGAUGGUGUCUGGGCUGCUGCAGGGAACCGGGCUUUCAGGGGGUCCUGGCUAUGUGUUUCCCCACUGUGGGCCCCUGGUGCUGGCUCCCAGCCUGGUUGUGGCAGGGCUCUCUGUGCACAGCGAGGUGGCCCAGUUCUGCUCCUCUCACUGGGGCUUACCUUUGCUAUACUUGAGUCUUGAGAGGCUUAUCCUGCUCGUGAUGGUCUAUUCUCAGCACCUGGGCUCCUGCUAGGUGCCCCCAUGCCCCUGGAGGCCAGCUGCAGCAUCUCCAUCUCACACUCACUUCUCUGCCUUCUGGCUCCUCUUGGUGCUGAUCCCUGUGGCCUGUGUGUGGAUCAUCUCUGCCCUUCUGGGUCUCAGCAUUAUCCCCCUGGAGCUAUGCCCCACCAAGGCACCGUGGUUUGGGCUGCCUCACCCAGGUGAGUGGGACUGGCCCUUGCUGACACCUAGGGCUUUGGUGGCAGGCAUCUCCAUGGACUUGGCAGCUUCCACCAGCUCCCUGGACUGCUACACCCUAUGUGUCAGGUUGCUGCAUUUGCCUCCUCCACCUCCGCAUGCCUGCAGUAGAGGGCUGGGCCUUGAGGGGCUGAGCAUUGUGCUGGCUGGGCUGCUGGGAAGCACGAUGGGCACUGCAUCCAACUUCUCCAAUGUGGGCACAGUGAAUCUUACCCAGGUGCUGUACCAAGGCUGGGGUUCCAGUGAAGAACAAGUGAGAAAAAGUCCUCAUACUGGGGACUUCAUGCUGGCAGAGGCUGACAAACUGGAUCUCGAGCAAUGGUUCUCAACUAGGGGCUGGAGCCCCUUGGAUGUGUUAUUGCGCUUGCUGCUGAGAGAGCCCAUCUUCUUGGCUGGACUCUUGAGCUUCCUCCUAGAGAAUACUAUUCCUGGCACACGGCUUGAGCGAGGCCUAGGUCAAGAGCUGCCAUCCUCUUUUGCUGCCCCAAAGGCUCAAAUGCCUCAGAUGUCCAGACACAAGGCUGCUCAAGAGUAUGGGCUUCCUUUCCCCAUCCAAAACCUGUGUCCCUGCAUCCCCCAACCCCUCCGUUGCCUCUGCCCACUGCCUGAAGACCCUGGGGAUGAGGAAGAAGGACCCUUUGAGCUAGGAGAGAUGGCAGACCUGCUGCCUGGCUCUGGAGAGCCAUGCACUGCAUCUAGCAGAGGAGGGCUUAGAUCCCAGUAA